ACUUUCCUCCAUUUCUUACAGUCUCUCUCGAUUUCACUCUCCUCAAGUUCUCGCCGCCGUAGACCACUGAAUCUUAGCUAUUCCGACCAAGAAAUCUGUAGAAAUGGGGUGGAUCGGAGAGACCAUUGACUCCAUCAAAUCUUUGCAGAUCAGACAAGUUCUCUCCCAAGUCAUCAGUCUUGGUAUGAUUGUUACAUCGGCACUGAUUAUAUGGAAAGGAUUGAUGUGUUUAACUGGUAGCGAAUCGCCUGUUGUUGUUGUGUUAUCUGGAAGCAUGGAGCCAGGAUUCAAAAGGGGUGAUAUUUUAUUCCUUCAUAUGAACAAUGAUCCAAUCCGUGCAGGAGAAAUAGUUGUAUUUAAUGUUGAUGGACGUGAAAUUCCAAUUGUUCAUCGAGUGAUAAAGGUUCAUGAGCGUCAAGAGACUGGUGAUGUUGAUGUUCUUACUAAAGGUGAUAAUAAUUUUGGAGAUGACAGACUUCUGUAUGCUCAAGGUCAGCUUUGGCUGCAUAGGAAACAUAUUAUGGGAAGGGCUGUUGGGUUCUUGCCUUAUGUUGGAUGGGUGACAAUCAUUAUGACAGAGAAGCCUAUAUUUAAGUAUAUACUGAUAGGUGCCCUGGGACUGCUUGUAAUAACCUCUAAGGAGUAAUAAACAAUGUCAAAGUCAUGAAGAAGAAGAUUGAUCCAACUACUCUUUUUCUUUUCUUUUUUUCUUUUUUUGUUGGUUUUUACCCCUCAGAAUUUGUAGCACCUAGCAGCAUUUGCAGAAAAACUCUUCUUUCGGUCUUGAUGUGAUGAAGGAUUAGAAUGGCUUGAGUAGUAAUUUGUUAGACUUGGGAUUAAUGGAAUGAGUAAUAGACAAUACUGUUAAAUGAGUAAUACAAGAGAGAAUACAAAUGAAUUGUUUGAUUAAUUAUUAUAGUAAACUUAUAAAGUAUUUCUAAGUAU